CAGCGCACGGGCAUGGCUACAGCCACGGCCGGCUCAUCCUCGCCGCCCACGCCGCACGCCGAUGAUUCGCCGGAGCCGUCGCUCCCCGGCGAGAAGGUGUACGUGGCCGUGGGGAGGGAGGUGGCCGAGUCCAGGGCCACGCUGCUCUGGGCGCUGCACAGGUUCCCCCGUGGCGCCGGCGCUGCCUCCUUCGUGCUGCUCCAUGUCUACUCGCCUCCCAAGCUCCUGCCCUUCCUGGGUGCCAGGAUUCCAGCUGCCCACGAUGGGGAGCAGGGGCUGACUGCAUACAAGGAGAUGGAGCUGCAAAGAGUCAAUGCCAGUUUGGAUCAAUACCGACACUUAUGCGCACAAGAAAAGAUACAUGCUGAGAAGUUGGUAGUUGAAUCAGAUGAUGUUGCACAGGGACUAGUGGAGCUCAUUUCUAAGCAUCAUGUUACUGUGCUUGUUAUGGGUGCAGCAUCUGAUAAGCAUUAUGCUAAGUAUGUGCCAAAGUUCUCAAUGAUAUUUUUUCUGCAGCAACACUUUUAUGUAUGAUAACUAUAGAUAAGCGUUUCCUAAUCAUAGCGAGGACCCAUGUAUUUGCAAGGUUGUAGAUUCAUACAUAUGCUUCAGAGAAAUGUUGGUUUGUACUCUAUUAGAUAAAUGACUAGCCUAUGCUCUACUUUGUAAGAAAUUUCCAUGUUUCUACUACUUUUCUAACUCUGAAUAAUAAGAUAUUCCCCAUUGGUUCACUAAAAGCUAACUCCUGGUUUCAAGAGUUCAGGAAAAUGAAGAUUCCGAAGUCCAGGAAAGCACGAUUCAUAGAACAGAAUGCAGAUCCUUCGUGCAAAAUUUGGUUUAUUUGCAAGGGAACACUGGUUUGCCGUAGGUAUGGUUCGUGAGCUGAGCAUACACUUUAAGUUUGUGCUUGCAGUUACAAUGAUAGUUUCUAGGCUUGAGUCCAUUUGCAUGUGUGAAAUGAGUAAAAACAUUAAUGUAGAUACCUUGAUUCGAAUUAGAUUUUUUUUGUUUCCUCUACACUAGGAAAGCUGUUCAGCUUAGCCAUGAAGAAAUGCAAGAAUGUAGACAAAGCUCUGGGGCCACACAUUCUUUGGACAAAUCAGCAAGUCUGUCAGAAAUGUGGUGUGUUGCAAACACAUGGCUAUGCAAAUCAAUCGGGGAGCAAUGGAUUGAAAGGACUACUUCAGACCCGUUCUACAUCAGUGGGAAGGAAAAUGUUGAAGAAACUAGUGAGUCCUGUGAUAAUUUCCAGCAUAUCCUCAGGGAGCUAGAGAGUGUAAGGCAAGAGGUUUAUGAAGAGAAAUGCAGACGUGAAAAAGCAGAAAGAGAAUUAUUUGAGGCUUUACAGAAAGCACAAGCCUCUGAAAAUUUGUACUUCCGUGAAAUGAAGCAAAAGAAUGAACUGGAAGAAAAGCUGACAACAAUAAUGGAAGAAAUUGAGAGUCUUACAGUAAGGACUGACGAACUUUGUGCAAAGCUUCAAGGGGAACGUGAGCAAAGAAUGGUCCUGGAGAAGAGAGGUGCCCAUUCUGAUCGUAUCAUCAAGGAUUUGAUGUUGCAGCGUGACAAAGCGCUGAGAGAGACAGAAAUGCUACGUGCGAAGAAAGGAGAGUCUAGUGCAACUACAGAGGGGAUGAUGCACAUUACGGAGUUAUCCUACUCAGAGAUUAAGGAAGCAACUAAUGACUUUGACCACUCAAUGAAGAUUGGAGAAAGUGUAUAUGGAAGUGUAUACAAGGGCUUUCUUCGGCACACCAACGUAGCUAUAAAGAAGUUGAAUCCUGAAACUACACAGACACAGUCACAGUUCAGUCAAGAGGUGGAAAUUCUCAGCAGGGUGCGGCAUCCAAACCUUGUCACUCUUAUAGGAGCAUGCAAGGAUGCUCAAGCCCUUGUCUAUGAAUACAUGCCAAAUGGAAGCUUGGAUGACCGGCUGGCUUGCAAAGAUAAUUCCAAGCCUCUUAGUUGGCAGUUACGAACCCAUAUCGCUUCUAACAUUUGCUCUGCGCUAAUUUUCCUCCAUUCUAAUAAGCCUCAUAGCAUUGUUCACAGUGACCUGAAAGCAUCUAACAUUCUUCUCGAUGGAAAUAAUGUAGCUAAACUCAGUGGUUUUGGUGUAAGCCAAAUAUUGACUGAUCAGUUCAAGGCCACGACUACCCUAUACCGUUAUACCCACCCAAAGGGUUCUUUUGUGUAUAUUGAUCCUGAAUACCUUAUCUCUGGUGACCUGACACCCGAAUCUGAUGUAUAUUCUUUUGGCAUCGUACUCCUACGCCUUUUAACUGGAAGAUCAGGAUUUGGUCUAUUGAAAGAAGUGCAGCAGGCUAUGGAAAAGGGUUGUUUGCAAGCAAUAUUAGAUUUAUCUGCUGGUGAAUGGCCUGCCAUGUAUGCUGAGCAGUUGGCUGAGUUAGGUUUGAGAUGCUGUAAAAUAAGAAGGAAAAAUCGUCCUGACCUGCAAACAGAAGCUUGGACUGUACUUGAACCAAUGUUCAAGUCUGCUUCGAUGAUGCUAUGUUCAUUGUCAUUUAAAUCAGUAUCAGAAGACCUCGGUGGUGUGCCAUCCUACUUCAUAUGUCCAAUACUGCAGGAUGUCAUGAGGGACCCUCUAAUUGCUGCAGAUGGUUUUACCUAUGAAGCUGACGCAAUAAGGGAAUGGCUGGACAGUGGUCAUCGGACAUCACCCAUGACAAACCUUGAGCUACCCCACUGUGAUCUUUUGCCCAAUCAUGCUCUCCGCUCUGCAAUUCAAGAAUGGCUGCAAACAAAUGGAGAUUAAUAUGUCUCUCUUCUUAUCAGGCAGCAUGAAAGGUGUUUGGACGGGGGUGAUUGAUAUUGGAAGUUUCAGGAUCUGUUUUAAAUGUAGACUAAAUUAUAUGGAUGUAAAUCAGAUGCCCUCCUACCCAACCAUGACCUUAGACUUAGACCACCCCCUCUAGCCACUCCGACCAUAAAACCUAGGUGUUAGAGCGGGGGAGAGGGGGGGCUUUAUCACUGGACCAACAUCCCCCCUACGACGAGCGAGCCGCGCCGCGCCUGUGGCUGCUGGUCUCAGCGAACCCCGCAGGGGAAAUCGCGCAGCGGAAGAAAUGCGUGGCCGGUGGAUUUCGAACCCGGGACCUGGCUCUGGUACCAACUUAGACUACCCCCUCUAGCUACUCCGACCCUAAAACUUAGGUGUUAGAGUGGGGGAGAGGGGGGUUUUAUCACUGGACCAACACUUAGCAAGGAGAUCAGUGCACAUAACAUGUUAUGCUGUAAGAUGUGUUUCUGUGCUACAUCAUGUUAAACAGGCACUACAACAAGAAUAAAGAAAUACACAAAAAAAAAAACGCUUUCCUGCGUCAAGCCAUAUACGCAGGUCUUUUUUUCGAGCUAUGCUUGUAAGUAAAAUAUAAUGAACCGGUGCUUAAUGUUGGACAGGAUUUUACAUAAUGUAAACUGUUUUGGUGAUCACCCUGUGCUGAGUUCUGAUUCUGAAUAAUGGCAGACUGGCCAUGCAUACUGCUGAGUGAAUAUUAAAUAUGGCGGGGACCUCUCUGACUGGUAAAUGGAAAGCGUUCUAAACUUGUGCAUAUUAGAACUUAGCCAUUCCCAAUAUAUCUUCAGUAGCACAUUGAUAUACUGUGUAGUUUGGGAAAAAGACGUGACAAAAGUACACGGAUAAUUUAAUCUCGCGAUGACCUUCCAUCAGUAAUGUCCAUUUGUUCAUUGCAGAACGUCAUGGGGGGUGGAUAAAAAAGGAUCUUUGUUUGAAAGUCGUGUCCAGUGCCCAGGUUUGUCAAAGUCUGACCCUGUGCAAAUCACAGGAAAUUCAGAAAGGCACAAUGUCACAGUCUCAGACGACUGACCAAAGCUGCCAGAAGCAAUCUGCUCAGAAGAAACUAACAAAAUGGAAUUGCGCGUGAUGAAAGCAACUGAGAUGGAUCCUCUGAAGCCGGUUAUCACGAACUACCUGUGGCGCCUUGCAUUUGCAAUUGAAUUGUCUGUCUGUCUGAUCAGAAAUUCUACCUGAAUUACUACAAGAAUUAUAUUACACAUGCUCAUGUACAAUCUCUUCUGGAACUCUGCAGCCGUUCAACAGCCCAUGACCAUGAGUAACUCCCAUGGAGUUCCCAAUGAAAAGAAGUUUCGGCCUCAAUCUUCACGUCGCCCAGCUCAAAGAAUGAUACCGGUAUAUGCUCUUCAGUCCGUGUUAAAAAAAAUUGGAGAUGUCCUGACGUGGAUUACUGUAUUGACAGCUUUGAGAGCAAGAAUGCUGUGAAAGGCACUCCUGGAGAAAGAACAAGGUCCAAAUGUCCAAUUGCCAUUCACCAGUGCACCAGAAUUCAAAGGAUCCAUACCAGACAGACAUAUCAUGGACAUUUCUUCUGCAGCUUGAAAGCAACCUGCUUUGAUGCUGUGAAAGCAUGGCUGCCUUGCCGGCCGGGGAGAUGCGAUAAAUGAAACUGUGAUAAUCGCCAUCUAAUUGGACGACUUCGUCGUGAAGCAUCAAAGGUCAGUCGCCGAGGACAGGCAUGUACUGCAACUUCUUGGAUUGGUGUAGAAUUUUUUGCACAACUCAUAGGCCAUACUGAAACUCUGAGACACCACGCUAGCUUCCGACCGACUUCCAUAGCUGAAGAAAAACCUUUUCCUCUUGCAUAUCAUACAAACGAUGAUGGAAAUUACUCCAAAGAAUUGGUCACUGAAACAGAAUACCACAAACAAGUGUAGUAUUUCGUUUUGUAAUUUGAGUUGGCUCCUGAAAAUGUUUCCUAAAUUGGAGCAAGACUUUUCUACUUGGGGCACGUAGCCAGACACUGACAUGACGUGCUGGAUGAUGCUGUACACGGUAUCCCACCAUAAGUAAACCAAAUCCGCGGCCACACUUCCAGCCUCUCCUCUUAUUUAGCUCUAUCUGAACUGACAAUUCCUAGGAAUAACAAGGCACAAAAGGGAUAAGGGCGAUGCUGAUACCAAUACCAAUACCAUGCGGUUGAAGUAAAAAGUGGCGCGACACGAAAAAGGUACCUGUAGGGAGCAAGCUGAGAAAGAUGGAUGAGGAAGAGGUACAUAUUGCGGUGGGGAAGAACUCAAGAAAGGAGAAAGCUAACAUACUAUGGACUGCUGCGAAUUUCCCGAGGGCCACCAUAGUUCUUGUCCAUGUUCACUGGCCCUCCAAGUGGAUGCCCUUCAUGGGUGGCAAAGUUCUUUACAAGUUUGCGGAUGAAAAGGAGAAGGAGAUGCAUAGAGGCAGAGAAACAAAAGCUAUGGUCAACAUGUUAUCACAGUACAAAAAUCUGUGUGGUACAAGAAAGGUUAGCGCACAUUAUCUCACACAUGAUGACACUGUUGCUGGUGUUGUGAACCUGGUAAAGAAGCUCAAAAUUAAGAGAAUCGUCAUUGGUUCAAGGAACAUGUCAAGGCAAGUGGCGCUUCGCCAAUGCUGUCAGGUUUGGGUGGUGCUCAAUGGAAAACACAUCUCCACCAGCAACGAUCACUUGGAGCACAGUGGAAAUAUUGGCUAUGGAGGCAGCUCAGAUAUUUUAGCAUCUAUACAUGAGCUAGGUGAGGAAUCUGAUGGGUACAUGACACCACCAAGUGACCUCGCUGAUGAAAUCAUGGAUGAUGAGGAACUGAAUGAAAUGGAUGAUUCUGAUCAAUUAGUAAUGGAAGAUGAAACAGUGACUGAACAAGGCACAGAGGAAUCAAUUGCUUCCGACGAGAUGGAAAACUCUGCUGAAGAGGAUGCUGACCAGUCUGAUGAGAUACAGAGUUUCAGAAAUAUAACUGAAAAGGCUGAAAAAAUCAUGGAGGAAAUAGACAGACUACAAAAGAAACUGAAAGAGCUUCAAGGAGAGGGCCCUAAUCGUGGUGCGAGGAGUUUGUCACCCAGACAAAUGGCUGCUUCGUUGAAGCGGAAGAGCCUAUCAGAACCUAGAUACCCAGAGUUUCAAAUUCCAGAGAACAUUGAACGAUUCUCAACGUCGCAGAUUGGAAAAGCGACCGAUCACUUCCACUCAAGAAAUUUAAUAGGAGAAGGAGGUUAUGGUCCAGUUUACAAAGGAAAACUGGGUGAGACACCAGUGGCUAUCAAGAUGCUAAAGCCCCAUGGUAGACAAGGUUUCCCUGAAUAUCAGCAAGAGGUGAUGGUGCUGAGCAAAUUGGAGCACCCGCAUAUCGUGAGGCUGACGGGCGUGUGCCCGGAGUCGUGCAGCCUCGUGUACGAGCACCUCCCCAACGGCACCCUCCUGGAGAGGCUCUCCAAGGGCCUCCCGUGGAAGGAUCGCGUCAGGAUCCUCGCCGAGCAGCGCUCGGCGCUGGUGUACCUCCACUCCAGGCGUCCCCACGCCAUCAUCCACGCCGACCUGAAGCUCACCAACAUCCUCCUGGACGCCGGCAACGUGAGCCGGCUGGGGGACUUUGGGACGGCGCGGGAGGUGCACGUGAAGCCGCUGGAGGAGGAGACCAUCGGCCGGCGCACCAACCCGAUGGGCACCACGGGGUACAUGGACCCCGUGUUCUUCAUGACCGGCGAGCUCACCACGCAGUCGGACGUGUACGCGUUCGGCGUGGUGAUUCUGCAGCUGCUCACGGGGCUCCUGGACCUCAACGUCGCGGAGCAGGCGCGCGAGGCGGUGAAGAUGGACGCCGUGCACAGCGUGCUGGACGUGUCCGCGGGGGCCUGGCCGGAGGUGCAGGCCGAGCGGCUGCUCAAGCUGGCGCUGAGGUGCUGCAGCCUGGAGAGGAAGCGCCGGCCGGCAAUCACAUCCGACGCCGAGUGGAGAUCGCUCGAGAUCCUACGGGCCAUGGCAACGCCAGCUAGUAAAUCCUGGAAAUGGAAUUCCCAUGGAAGCUGAACUUACUGAAUAUUGUAUUAUUGUACAGUAUAUCGACUUCCUAGUAUGUUGCUGCAAAUACCAUGAAAACUAGUAUUAGGUAGUAAUCCAACAGUAGUAUUAGCUAGUAAUUCUCUUGUGAUUAGAUAAGCAUAUCCAAGAAUAAAUCUGAAUUAGAACAUAUUGUAAACAUUUAGGAGUACAGUAGAAACAACAGUGUGAAUGAAAGAACUUAAGCAAAUGCUAGAUGCAGUCGCAAUUGGUUAACCAAGAACUCUGCAGGUGCAUGGUAUUUUUUCAGAACGUGCACCAACAUCUGUUUAGGAUCCCUUGCAGCAUGCAGCAAUACAUACUGUAAAGUUAUGC